UGAACCCGGGAUGCGGAGCUUGCAGUGAACCGAGAUCUUGCCACUGCACUCCAGCCUGGGCGACAGAGCGAGACUCCGUCUCAAAAGAGAAAAAAACAAAAACAAAAACUUGUCAGCUCUAUUUGCUGUAAGAACUAUAUGAGUAACAUGAAAAUGCCUGACUAGACCCUGUUCCUGUUUUUACUCUUAGCUCGUUCAAAUCUUCAUGAGGAUAAUUAACAGCAGUUUGAGUUCUGGGAUUUACACUCCAAACUACUGUUUUACUCACCCAGCUACCCUUUUCUGAAAUACUACUGGAAAACCAUACCUGUAUCAGUUAACCUCCACUAUUUUAUUUGAAGUGAAUUCCUGGACCAUGAGACAUUAGACCAAAGCUAAAAAUAAAAAUAAAAAAAUCAAUCAACCCUGAGUUUUGGUAUUACUGCUUUCAAGUCAUGGAUCUGCCUCAUCAUAGGUAAAAUUUGCAAAAUAUUACCCGCCGUGUGUGCCUCAGAACCGUUAUGGAUUAAGGAAGAGAACAAUGUUUAUGAAAACGUUUUGUAAAUUAUACAAAUGUGGGACAUAAUGUUCCUGGUAACUGUAUGCAAACAAUAAGACAACAAAACAAACGCAAAAGCCUUUUUAACUUGUUGCAGUUUUCCUGCCCGGUGUCCCCUUCGCGAAUGAGCAGCGUGCAGCAAGCAUGUGCGCGCAGUUGCGGUUCUCCAUCAACGCCACACUGCUCGGCCUGCGAACGGGGAAAUCUGCCAUCGCGCGCCUGCGGCCUGCCGAGCGAGGCUCACCGUUCCACUGGGGUCAGUGGGCUAUUGACUCCCCGCCUGGGUGAAACCGGAGCUUCCGAGUCACGUGGCGCGCGAAGACAAACCAGGCUGCUCAGGGUUUCCCGUAGCUUUCCCCCAGCUUCCUGGCGAUUCAUAUUCUGGCGCUUACCCCUCCCUUUGGUCCGGCGGAACCCAAUCCCCGCCUGACAAGUAAGUCCCGCCGGCCGGACGCGGUGGCGCGCGCCUGUGGUCCCAGCUGCUCAAGGUGCUGAGGCGGGAGAAUCACCUGAGCCCGGGAGGUCGGGGGCUGCAUGGAACCGUGAUCGCACCACUGCACUCCAGCCUGGGCAACUAAGCGAGACCCUGCCUCCAAAAAUAAGAAUAAAGAAAAAAAAAAAAAAAAAGAACUGCGGCCCCAUUGGCCUGACUCUCCUGAACCGCCUAGCUGUCUCCGACCAGUUACGGAGGAGGCGGCCUUGAGAGGGUAGUGCCCAUUGGCUCGAUGUCCUGCCCUUCCGAAACCUAAGUCUUUAGCUUCCAAUCAGGACUCAGCUUUGGGAAGAGCGCCACGCGGUGGGCGAGAGGAUGCCCCAGUAAAUCCGCAGAAGCAUGGAUCUCGGUAUCCCUGACCUGCUGGACGCGUGGCUGGAGCCCCCAGAGGAUAUCUUCUCGACAGGAUCCGUCCUGGAGCUGGGACUCCACGGCCCCCCUCCAGAGGUUCCAGUGACUAGGCUACAGGAACAGGGACUGCAAGGCUGGAAGUCCGGUGGGGACCAUGGCUGUGGCCUUCAAGAGAGUGAGCCUGAAGAUUUUUUGAAGCUUUUCAUUGAUCCCAAUGAGGUGUACCGCUCAGAAGCAUCUCCUGGCAAUGACAGUGGCACCUCUGAGGACCCCUGCCGUCCAGACAGUCCCCCUGCCCCCAGGGCAACCAGUUCUCCUACGCUCUAUGAAGUUGUCUAUGAGGCAGGGGCCCUGGAGAGGAUGCAGGGGGAAACUGGGCCAACUGUAGGCCUCAUCUCCAUCCAGCUAGAUCAGUGGAGCCCAGCAUUUAUGGUACCUGAUUCCUGCAUGGUCAGUGAGCUGCCCUUUGAUGCUCAUGCCCACAUCUUGCCCAGAGCAGGCACCUUAGCCCCAGUGCCUUGUACAACCCUGCUGCCCUGUCAAACCCUGUUCCUGACGGAUGAGGAGAAGCGUCUGCUGGGGCAGGAAGGGGUUUCUCUGCCCUCUCACCUGCCCCUCACCAAGGCAGAGGAGAGGGUCCUCAAGAAGGUCAGGAGGAAAAUCCGUAACAAGCAGUCAGCUCAGGACAGUCGGCGGCGGAAGAAGGAGUACAUUGAUGGGCUGGAGAGCAGGGUGGCAGCCUGUUCUGCACAGAACCAAGAAUUACAGAAAAAAGUCCAGGAGCUGGAGAGGCACAAUAUCUCCUUGGUAGCUCAGCUCCGCCAGCUGCAGACGCUAAUUGCUCAAACUUCCAACAAAGCCGCCCAGACCAGCACUUGUGUUCUGGUACCAUUAGUCUAUCUACUCCCAUCUGCCCCCACGUCCACCAUCUUCCCCCACACUUCUAUCCUUAUACCCCGACUACCCAGCCAGAUCUACUUCCCACAUCUGAUAACCCCAGCUGGCCUCCAUUCACUCUGCCCCCUACUCCCUUCCUCUGUUCCUCUUGCUUCCUCCCAGAUUCUUCUUUUUUCCCUGGCUCUCAUCAUCCUGCCCAGCUUCAGUCCAUUCCAGGGUCGACCAGAAGCUGGGCCUGAGGAUUACCAGCCUCACGGAGUGACUUCCAGAAAUAUCCUGACCCACAAGGACAUAACAGAAAAUCUGGAGACCCAAGUGGUAGAGUCCAGACUGAGGGAGCCACCUGGAGCCAAGGAUGCAAAUGACUCAACAAGGACACUGCUUGAGAAGAUGGGAGGGAAGCCAAGACCCAGUGGGCGCAUCGGGACCGUGCUGCAUGCAGAUGAGAUGUGAGCUGGAACAGACCUUCCUGGCCCACUUGCUGAUCACAAGGAGGAAUCCUGGGCUUCCUUACGGCUUUGCUUCCCACUGGGAUUCCUACUUAGGUGUCUGCCCUCAGGAAUCCAAAUCACUUCAGGACACCCCAAGAGAUGUCCUUUAGUCUCUCUCUGCCUGAGGCCCAGUCUGCAUUUGUUUGCAUAUAUGAGAGGGUACCUCAAAUACUUUUGUUAUGUAUCUAUGAUUUUAUUUCUUCUUUGGGGAUAGGGUUGAGGGGAAAUAAGUUUUGAGUGAUAAAUAAACGUUUUAACUGAAAUUGUA